UGUCCUCCCCCUGACUAACACAGGCCUACAGGGUCUCUCCUAACAGCCAAACAGGACUCAGCACACUUCUACCACAUGACAAAGAAACACCGGCCGGCGGCUUGGCACAAUCUUCGCUCUUCCCCCCAAAACUCUGGACAGGGAUCAAGGAUAUCAUCUGGCAAGGCUCUAUACCACCAGGCUAUCUAGGUACUGCUGUUUGUGUGGCCAGGAAGUCGUGAGGAGAAAGUAGGCUACAAGAAAGAAGCAACACAUUCUUCAGAAAGCUGGCAAAGCAGGAUGAUGUACAACAACCAUCCCAAGAAGUAAGACAGAGGUGAAGAGAGGUCAGCGUCCCAAAACUGGACCAAACUGGAGCAGUGUUGUGUAAGGUGGCAGUUACCCAACUACCUCUGGAUACAAAAACAUGCUGCACAAGCAAAAAAACACAUGAAGUUGAUCCAAAAAUGCUGCUGGAAAGCCACAACUCAAUGAUCAAAACAGCGUCUGACGUGCAAGAAAGGGACUUUUCAAGGUUGCGUGCGCCUCAGAAGUGGUAAAUAUUGUUGUUUGGCCUGAAGGAAUGCCCAGAUUGCGAGAAGCCGCCUUGGCACUUACGUUGUGUAAAUAAUGCGCAGCAGAUUGGAAGCAGAGCCCUACCUCAGGAACUGACCUACCUUGGGAAGAAUUCCUUCAUUCAUUCCCCGACCUUCAAACAUGGAAACAACAGCUCUUUCCUGCUCCACCGGACAAUGGGGACUCUGAGAGUGCUUCAGGACUGCAGAGUUUGACCGAGGAAAGUCAAGUGCAAGUGUAACAACCAUGUUCUGUGGUGCGUUUAUCUUCUUGUUUCUGAUAAAAGUAGCUUUUGUGGAUGGAUGCCCGCCUGUGUGUACCUGCACAACCGACGGUUAUGGCGGCUGGCGGACCGAUUGCGACGGAAAAGACACCGAAACGACGUUCCCGACCGGCUUCCCUCGUGACACAUUCCUCGUGGACAUCCGUAACUUCCAGGUGUCCCACCUACCGGCAGAGGCCUUCACAGUGUACCCCAAACUCACCUACAUCUCUAUUCGUGAGAACGCGAUCGUAACUGUUGAUGACAACGCAUUCGCUGGGGCGGACGAUCUCGUGGACCUCCACAUCACCAACAACAAGAUCGAAUCCAUGCAGAACAAGUUAGUAGAGCUACGUCAGCUACAGAACCUGUACCUGACACGCAACAAGCUGAGAACACUAGAAGACACGCUUGUAGGGCUCACAAAACUGCGUAAACUCGACCUCAGCUAUAACCAGAUCUCCUCAGUCCAAGGUGCCUUUCCUGGGCUGUCACAGCUAAAACAGUUGGACCUGCGCCAUAAUAAGAUUAAGGACGUCACUGGAGUGUUUGGUGCCCUGGGAGCGUUAACUUCCCUGUACCUGCAGCACAAUGACAUCCGGUCUGUCAAGUUUUCUUCCCGAGAGCUUCGCAAUCUGCGUCUGCUGGAUUUGAGCCACAACCGGAUAUCUUCCCUUGCGGACGGAAGCAUUUUCGUUUUCCUCCCGAAGAUCAGGACGAUAAACCUCGAGCACAACUCCCUCUCCACCAUGGUCGCCAACACGACCAGUUUCCAUGGCAAUGACUUGCGCCUAUCCCACAAUCCCUGGCACUGCGGCUGCAACAUGCUGGUCAUGAGGAACUGGAUCGCAACGAGAAACGACCGAGAACAGAUCAACGUGACCUGCUCACGGCCCAGGCGUGUGUUCGGGGAAAAGAUCUGGGACGUACCGGAUGAAGAGUUUGCUACUAACAGCGACCCACCCUGGAUCAGAAUGUCCGACAGUUUCCUCACAGUGCAAGAAGGAGAGGAUGUGAGAAUCGACUGUCGCACAACCGAGUGCCCCAUCACUAAACUCAGCUGGAAAACGCCCAAGUCUGAAGUGUUAGAGUUGGGAUAUCGAGCUCCUCGGACCAGCGUAUCAUCCGAAGGCUCUCUGUUCAUAGGACAGAUACAGAAGCACGAGGCAGGCGUGUAUCACUGUAUAGCCGAGAACGUCAAUGGCAAAGAUGAGAAUGUGGUCUUUAUAACCGUGGAAGGACUGACCACACCACCUCCGCCGACUAGUCGAAGAACGAACUUUGACACAGUGCUUCCCCCAAGUCGCCGCGACGACAACAUCGUCAGGGCGACGACCCCGCCCGAGGUCACAGCUCCAACUCCGACCCCUGACCCCGACUACUGUCCCGACCUGUGCACCUGCGACAACAACCCGGCCUGGGGGAUGAGCGUGCGUUGUCGUGGUUACCACUUCUUCUUGGACACGCAGGACAACGUCCCCGUUUCUGCCGUCUGGCUCAAGAUGGAAGGAUUCAUCAUGAAAGUCCUUAAAGCCAAGGCCUUCUUGCAUCUUAAGAAAGUCCGCUCCAUGUCCUUAAAGUAUAACGACAUCACCCACAUCACGAACCAGACCUUCCAGGGGCUGACCAGCCUCCAGUUCUUGGACAUGAGUCACAACAACAUCUACCUGUUCCACAAUGGAACCUUCCACGACCUUGGCAGCCUGGUGCAGCUGACCUUGAAAUGGAACCGGAUAGUGGACGUGAACCGCUCAUUUGUGGGCCUGGGCAGGCUGCUGAAACUGGACCUGAGUCACAACUGGCUUGUGUCAUCAGAAGGACUGAUGGAGGGAAUACCCAGACUGUGGUACUUGGACUUGAGCUAUAACAACCUGACUUCUCUAUCAGACACGUUUUCUGCACCCUGUAGAAUCCGGGUGCUGAAACUGGCAUACAAUGACUUGUCUGAGUUAGAUGGGCAACUCACGGCUCUCACAGACUUAAGAACUUUGGAAAUGCCUCACAACAACAUCCGAAGGCUGAGCGAAGACUCCUUCAGGAGGGUGAACAAGAUAUGGGAGUUGGACCUGAGCUUCAAUAACAUCGAAACCCUGCGCUACCCGUUCCAAGGCAUGCGGGAGAUACAGGAGCUAAAUCUUCGUAGCAACCAGAUAGAAUACUUAGACUACGCUCUGCGGGGGCUCACGACCUUGAUCGAACUUGACCUGAGCUUCAACAGGAUCAAAACGGUCGCGUACGAACUUGACGAGCUCACGGAACUCCAAGUUCUGGACCUGCAGCACAAUGAGAUCGAGAGGCUGGAAACUUCCCUCAAGAAGCUGGAGAACCUCAGAGAACUGUUACUAAGCAACAAUGGUAUCAAGUUUCUGGACAGUGGGUUCAAUGACCUGAGGAAACUUGAGCACCUGGACUUGAGGAACAACCUGAUCACGUCAGUUGAAGACGUCUUCCAAGGCCUGGGUAAUCUUAAGACGUUACACCUGACAAGCAACAAACUUACUUCACUUACAUCACUCAUAAAAGGCCCUAAUGUUUUAGAGGAGUUACUGAUUGAUUAUAACAGUAUUGAUCAGGUUGAUAUUAACUUCUUUAACAGCCUUUACAACCUGAAGUGGUUAGAUGCAAGCAAGAACAAGAUAGGAAACAUAGAGGGGCUGUUCUCAAACCUGUCAAAACUGGAGUACCUGCAUCUGAGUAGCAACAAGAUUGAAUCCAUCGGUGACGCCUUUAAGAACUUGAACAAGUUACGGACACUUCAUCUUAGCAACAACACCGUUAAGCACAUCCAUCGUGUCUUCAGUAACCUACCGGAGUUAGAGUUCCUCGAUCUUUCGCACAACGUCAUCACCUCCAUACGAAACGGUUUCUCCAGUCUCUCCAAGCUUCGCUGGCUCACCCUAAGCCACAACAAGAUCAUCUCCAUCUCUGAGGGUUUCAAAGGACUUGACAAUCUUGCAACUUUAAAGUUAGACCACAACAAUAUCCUCUUCCUUGUGAAUGGGUUGAACAGUUUGCAGAGUGUCAGACACCUAGAUGCUAGUAGAAACCAGAUCAACCAUGUAAAGGGUGUUUUCGCAGGGAUGAAAAACUUGAAGGAACUAUACCUUGCUGGAAACAGCCUUCGCGACAUCAAAAAAGUGUUCAACGAAAACAGCCAGAACACUCUUAAAGAACUUCAAUGGCUCGAUCUACGAGACAACAAGAUUGACUCCCUUUACCGAGUCUUUGAGGGGUUGGAAAAGCUUGAGUCCGUUGAUCUGAGUCACAACAACAUCAGAUUUCUGGACCGAGCGUUCGCAGGUUUGUCCGCCCUACGUUACAUCCACCUGGGCCACAACAAACUUCAAGACGUGAACGGCCAUUUUGAAGACCUAAACUCUCUCACAGACCUGAAUCUUGACAACAACAAGAUCACCAACAUCGACAAGGCCUUCAAGAAGACCCCCCGCCUCUCCUGGCUUCAGCUGACUUCCAACUACAUCUCAAAAAUCACAGACGCCUUCGACGAUAGUCAUGAUUUAGUCGGGCUAAACCUUAGCAGUAACAGCAUCCGGUCUCUCGAUCGCGCCUUUACCGGAGUGGACUCCAUCCAACACCUGGAUCUAACCGACAACCGAGUCAGUCACAUCAACGGUCACCUGGAUAGCUUAGACUUACGAUCGCUUUACCUUGGAAACAACUCUCUCUCGGACAUGCGGGGAGCCUUCAGCAAGCUUGACAAGUUGAGGAGUUUAGAUCUGACAAGGAACGGAUUGACUAAUAUAACAGGUGUGCUCGAAGGACUGAAGUUGCUACAGGUUUUAGAUCUUUCCUUCAACAAGCUCCAUUCCGUACAGCAGUGUUUUGAGACCACUCCACACUUGUGGUGGCUGAACAUAAGUCACAACGAGCUCAACGCACCGGGGAUCGAAAGCGCGUUCGAAAACCUCCGCCGGCUCGAGGACCUGGACUUGACCUUCAACAACCUGACGACCUUGGACCGGUGGUUCACGUGGUACCAGAACUCCACGUACCUCGGAAACAAUCCGUUCCACUGCACGUGCGAGCUGCUGUACCACCACUACUGGAUCCUCAGCCGGACGGACGAGCGAAUCAUCGACGCGACCUGCGCGACCCCCGACCGGGUACGCGGCGAGAAGCUCUGGGAGACGGACGCGGUGAAGGCGACGGCGCCGCGAGCGCGAUCGGCUCCGUACAGCGUUGUCAUGGCAACGGGAAACGAGGCACAGCUGCGAUGCCAGAUCCCCGGCUGCCCCGAACCGAUCAGGAAGUGGACCUUACCGAACAAUAAGAAAGUUUCGAGCAGCCAGGGAAGGUUUGAACUGUUGGAGAAUGGGACUUUAAAGAUAAAGACUGUAAAUAGGAGGGAUGUAGGAAGAUACGUCUGUCAUGCUAGUAACCCGCUAGGCAACACCACAAGCACAGUGUACCUGUUUGUAAGAUAGCAAAGUUGGAAAUUAUAUAGUGAAAUUGCAUCUGCGAGACAAUUGAACUAGAAAAAAAUUCGACACACCAGAAAUUUAACAAGUUAAAUUGUUCCAAAAAAUUGAGUUCGUAAAUCAGAUAGUAGAACAAUUCCUAGAAAAAUGUCAUCAAGUUUAAUUGUUCCACAAAGUUGGACAUUGUUUAUGGACAUUUCUUCAUUCUAGUGUCCCACCACAAAAUUUUCCUGUGACAGUGUGAGUAAUGAAUUCGAAGAAAGGACCCUUUUUCUUGAGAAGAGAAAGGAGAAAAAGACUGAUCAUACUUCAGGGAAGCAGGCAACAUAGUACAUAUAACAGUGCACAAAAGACUUCAUUGUUGAUAUGCAGUAUGUUAAGAUUUGGAUAGAGACUUAAAUUGUACUACUCUUCUAGCAUAUUCAUGCUUAUUAUACAUGUCUCACUAGAAUACAUUUUGUUGUAAUUGUGUAUGUUAUUCUGUACCUCUGUGACUCUUUAUUGUUCUAGAAACAAAUUGCAAUUCUUUCACAAAAUAUCACAGCUAGAUGACUGUUAAGUUUAGAGACUGUAUGGGACCCCUUACUAGUAAUUUGACUGUUUCAGCUUCAGGCAUGUUUUGUCUACAGCAGUUUACGAGUGAGGUUUCUGUCAGAAACAGGGGUUUUAGUUUCAGAGCUUUAAGGCCGUCCAAAACUCAUUUCGCUUACUCUGUAAAAAUUGUACAGUCAUCCAGAAUCUGAUGAUAUAUGGAGUCAAUUCAUUGCUCUCUACUAAAAGCUCAUAGAUGAUAACUGUACUUUCCAUAUAUUUCCAUUUAUGUUGUACAGCUGUUAUUCCUA